AUGAACCCACAACAGUUUCAGAACAUGGCCGGUCUGGGGAGGGGCAUACCGAACAACAUGCAACAGAUGGCUAUGCAGAUGGGUGGUCAGAUGGGAACACAGAUGGGAGCGCAGAUGGGAGCGCAAAUGGGCGGGCAAAUGGGAGCGCAAAUGGGAGGCCAGAUGGGCGGGCAAAUGGGAGGCCAGAUGCGAAACCAAAUGCCUGGAGGGAUGCCUCAAAGGGCAGGAGGACAGAUGACUCUCAAUCAUCCUUCGGUCCAGCAACAUAUUUUCGACUUUCUCAACUCACAGGGCCCUUAUACUGGCUGGCAGGCAAACGUCAGCGUAAGAGAACGUGCUGGUCAGGUCAAAUUGCUUGUCGAUUCUCUCCGUCUCGUCCAACCCCCAGUCGAGUUGCUCCGUGCUAUCGAGGUUGCCUUACAAUUCGAGAGAAAUUGCUUCACUCAAGGUGCGAGCAGGGAAGAUUAUGUACGAGCAUGCAGCGAUAAACUGGGCCGGAUUCGCGACUGGCGUGCUCAACAGAUGAACCAGGGUGGCACCGGAGCCAUGAAAGGCAUGCAGAUGCCAAUGCAACAGAACAUGCAAAUGCCCAACCAAAAUUUUGCUCAAAUACAGCAGAUGCAGAAUAUGAACCCUAAUAUGGGCAUUCCGCCUCAUUUAUUGCAGCAGCAAAUGCAAGGGUCGCCUAUGAUGAAUCAGCCGCAACAACCUGUCAAGCCAGCGCCAAUGAACCAGUCUCAACCCGGAAUGCAAAUGAAUAUGCAAGCAAACAGUCAACAGAAGCAGGCUCAAGUUGCUGAACUGACUGCCGAUGAUAACAAGGCCAUCAAUCUUCGUGCGGCCGAACUUGCAAAGAGCACUCCUAAAGAGGAAAUGAGGAGUAUCGUCGAAAAGAUGAACCCUCAGCUCAGGCAGAAUCUCAGUCAAAAGGCUGUUGAUCCAAUCAUAUAUUACUUUCGCAUGCUUGCGACGAAGGAGUUUCGACGAGCCAAGCAGUUGGAGGCUGGAGUUGCUCCCGGUCAAAUGAGCAAUAACGGUAAUUUGAUGACCCAGCAACAGAACCAGCCCAAACAGGCGAAUCAGGUGAUCAACGGCAGUGCAAAUAUGAUGGGGGAUAUGGGCAGAUUUCAAGGUCAACAAGCAGAAGGGCUGCGCUCUCAGGGUGAAGGGGAGUUGGUGGUACCUGCUAGUACUGCUCAGGGAAUGAUUCCAGAGCAAAUGCGGCUGCAGCAACAGAUGAUGGCUAACCAGCAGCGUGGGGGUCAACAAGGUCAGGGAAAUAUCAACCCGGCCUUCAUGGCUCAACAACAGCGUCUGCAAGCUGCUCAAGCAACGAAGAUGCAGCAAGCUCAGCUACAAGCCCAAAACCAGGCCCAAGCCCAGGCACGCGCCCAGGCUGCGGCUGCCCAAGCCCAAAUGGCGAACCAACGACAAAGUAUGCCUCAGUCCAACACACCACUCUCGACGAUCAAUCGGCCUGUAGGUCCCAAUGUGUCAGGAGCAAGUCCAGCACCGCCAGUCGCCCGACCAGUCUCUAAUACACCGAUGUUGAACCAACAACAGAUGCAGAUGAAUACCGGCAUGCAACAGCAAGGUCAGCAACAGCAGUCCAUGCAGCUCGAACAGCACAGGCGAGAGCAAGCGCUAGCGAAUUUUCCGGCUCCGUUGCAAGCAAUUCUGCGCCAAAAGCCGCAGAGUGAAUGGAAAAACAUCCUGACGCAAUUCCAGAACAGUGGCAAUAUGAGAAGAAGUCUGUCUCAACAGCCCCAAGGAAUGCAAAAUCAGCAGCAGCAGCAACAACAACAACAACAGCAACCUUCUCAAGUCCCGCAAAUGCAGAAUGGUGCCUUUCUCGGCGGCAACAACGUUGGUGGGACGCAAAUGAUGCAGUCUCUAUCCCAGGGAGCCAUGUCCCAGCAAGGUGAUCUGAAUGCAAUGCAGGCACAAAUGCAGCAGAAUCAAGAAAUGAUGAGGCAACGACAAAUCGCUAUGCAGCAACAGAAGCAGCAGCAGCCACAACAACAGCAGCCUCAGAACCAAGGCCAACCGCAAGCUUCCAGACAGCAGCUGAGCCCGCAACAAAUGAAAGUUAUGGACCAGCAGCCUGUACCACCGGCUGUCUUCAACAACAUCAGACAGCAUGCCCCAGUGCCUGAGAUGAGAACCUGGUAUCAACUCAAACAGUGGCUGAUUCAGAAUCCGGUUCCCAAUUGGCCAGUUUCUCAUGUGCUUGACAUUCAAGCCUCUCAUUUUGCUCAUAUCAUGAGGACUCGGGGCCAGCAACAGCAGAACAACGGCAUGUCUCAAGUACCGCAACCCCAACAACCUCAGCAAAUGCCACAGGCUCAGGUACAAGGGACCCCGGCGCAACCGCCCAUGGCUCCUGGGAAUAUGAGAAUCCCAACCCAGGCUGACAUCCAGAAAGUGCGAGCAGCAAAUCCCCAAUUAGCGAACAAAAGUGACGACCAGAUCCGUGGGAUGAUUGUCCAGCGGCAACGUCAGCAGUUUCAAAAAGCUAUGCAGCAGCAGGGUGGUGGGCAGGCCAUGUCUCAGCCAAUGCAGUUCUCAGCAUCCCAACACGCACAGCAGUUCCCAAUGCAGCCGCCACAAAAUCAGCAAACACAGGCUCAGCCUCGUCCGACGUCUGGCCAGGCAGGAUCACAGCCUCGGCCAUCGCCGUCACAGGGCGAUAGCAAAGCUAUCAAGCGUCCUAGUGGUGAUGAUGAUAUCAUUGAGAUAACGAACCAUGCCUUUAACAAGCCGCCGCAACAGCAGACCGAGAACAAGUUUCCGCAGUUAUCAAAGGAGCAGUACAAUCAACUCGAUCCAGCAAAGAAGCACCAAUACUUGAACUUACAACGAGAGCAACAAUUGCGGAAGAGAAUUUACGAAAUUAUGAAAGAGGUCCAAUCGAGCAUGCCUAAGUUGCGGCCAAUUCCCAACAUGGAUCCAGCCAGCAAAGAGCGACUGACGAGAAUGUUGACUUCGGACAAUGUCAAGAACAUGGUUGGUAGAUUUGACGCCUUUCUUGUGGCAUGCUAUCGUAUGGAUCAGAAUGAGGCCACUCUGAAGCAGCUUACAACACAAAAGAUACAGCUGAUGUCACAGUACAAGCCAGACGCCUACCAAAGAAAGUCUUUUGAGGUAGUGGAUAAUUUCAGCAUUACUCCUGAUACGGCAGAGGUCAUCAUCGGCAACAUCAUGUCAAAGUUCCAGCAAACUGUAGCAACGAUCCCUCAGAACAAAGCACGAGCACAACCUGCACAGCUCACUGAAGAAAAUAUGAAUCUCUUGCAAGCACAGGAAGCAGAACGGAAAAAGGCUCUAAAAGCGAACCAGGCUCCACCUGCACCGACCUCCUCUCAACCCCCAUUCCAGCUCGGCGACAAGGGUCAAGGUGCUCCUGCUUGGUAUGGUACUCCAGGGUUGAAACAGGAAGAUCUAAAGCUGCCGGCGGACCCAAAGAGGCGGAAGAAGAACCAGCCACAAGCCGCAGGCAGCACGCCGCCAGUUGUUACAUCGCCUCAACAGACAAAAACACCGAAACCAGCUCAGACAUUCAAGUGUCCCGUCCAAGGCUGUGAGCACCAACUCAAAGGCUUUGCUACCCAGGCUGAACUCGACCAACACCACAAUGUGACGCACAGGCUGGACAUGGAACCUGUCACCGAUCCUCUUGCAUUCCUCAAAGACUCGUUGCGAUCGGCGCUGAACUUGGAUGAAAAUAUGAAACAGAUCAAAAAGCCCAAAACAGAAUCCAAGGCAGGCAUCGUCAAAGAGGAAAGCGCUGCCGGGAACUCCUCGUCGAAGAUUUCCGCUGAUGAGAUUAACGUAAACGACGACAAUCCAUGGGCUCAUACUAACAUCACGCUGGAUCAGAUGCGCGUCGCUUUUGGCGGAGACGAAUGGGAAGAACUGUUCCCUACACAGGAAAAGAUCCAGGAGUCGGAAUCCAAGUUCUACGAGGCUUAUCGAAAUACAAGCGAACGAUGGCGGAAAAUUAACGAAGGUCCCAAUGGAGCCUUGACAGAUACAUCAACCGACAAGUCCAAGAGCCCAGAGACGAGUGACAAGGAAUUGCCAGCUGCGAAGGACAAAAAUGCAGAACCUGUGAAAAAGGAGGAUGACCCCUGGGUCGUCAGCUUGGAGGGCAUUGAGGGCUUGGAUCUCAGUAGUCUCGACGACAUGUCUCCGUUUGAAAACAUCGCUGACUAUGAUGCUGGUAUCGGAGGCUCGCCUUUUGAACAAGUUGAAAAGCCUCUAUCGACCGAACAGCAGUUCUUGAAGAUGCACGGUAUCGACUUGGAGCACCCGGAGAGCUGGAGUCAAUCGCAAAGGGAACUGGCCGAGUUUGCAAUGACGUGA